GAUGUUUUAAUAAUUCAACUUUUUAAUGUUCCCACCUUUGAAAUAGUAUGAUGAUGAUAUACCAGACACUGAUUUAUGCUCUCUAUGGAGAUGUGGAAAGUGUUUCUGCUUGUUUCAUAACACGACUCCAAUCUAGGGAUUACUCAAAGCUGCCUAGUUUGGGUAGCUAUUCUUUUUCUCCUUAAAGCUUUUUUUUUCUUCCUUUUUUUUUUUUUUUUUUUUGGACCCAUAAAAACUAGGGAAGAAAAUUAGUAAAGAUGAGAUCAUUUUUGCGUUGGAACCUUGUUCUAAAGCGAUGCGGGGCGACCGCAACUCAAGUAGCAAUUUCUCUCUUCAGCAUGACCCAAAAGAAAUUUAUUAUAAAUAGAAGGCUUUAUUUGUAGACGAGAUUCAGGUUUCUGAGUCUCGGGUCAAAAAAAGCCAACCCCUUUUUAAUUAUUUAUGACCUUUUUAUUCUUUCAGCUACGGUGUAGUUUUCUGACCAUCAGCAGCACUGAAAAUAUCCAUUAGCUUCACAAAGGGCAAAAAGACAAAGAUCCUUAAUCAGGUUAAUAUAGGCAUGGUCAACAGGUGCAGUCAGUUAAUGAAUGUGAUAUGACAUAUUGGAAUUUUAUAAUCCAUAAGAGGGAAUUUUCAAACACAUGUUCUUUUCCUGUUCAGUGUGAACAUAAUUGUUGCCGCCUCCUUUCAUUUCUGUCCUCCUUUUGGUAAAAUUAGAUUCAUCAUCUAGAACUGUUAUUUACAGUCUUGGAGGAAUGUUUCAAGGUUAUUGACUGGAAAGCUAACAAUAAGAUUGGAGCAAAAGAUUUACGUAUGCUUGUUUAUUCAUUUGAAAUUUCUCCUUCUAGUUGUGAACGCAAACCUUAUUUUCGUCAUCUAAGUUGAAAAGUGAAUUUUAUAUAUUAAUCACUGGAAAAGUCAUAUAAAAACUGAGCAGUCAUUUCUUUGUUUUCCAUACCAAUUCUCAAGCAGGACAUCUUUUGUUAGUCAAAACUGGAUUAUAUUUGACACUAGGACACUUAAAUUGAAUCAUAUAUUUUGCCAAAUUCUUCUAAUACAUAGGUUCUCCAGCCAACCUAGUCUUUCAUUGAUGAGUUCUCACAAAUGCACGCUCAAAACUUCCCUCUUCCUCUGCUCCAUCCCGUCCUCACCUUCUUAUUCUUCUUGAUCACGUCCUCAUUAUCCUAUGGCCAAGAAAAUGAACAGUAUACCACUUGUAAUAGCUCCUACAGCUGUGGGAAUAUUCAAAAUAUAGGCUUUCCUUUUUGGGGUGGUGAUCGGCCUCAAGAAUGUGGUCUUAAAGAAUUCGAGCUUGAAUGUGAAGCCAACGAGGAUCCCGUUAUAAAGAUUGAUAAUCAUAAUUUCCGCAUACGUGCCAUCAAUAAAGAUACGAGAACCAUGAGAAUUGCACGCAAAGAUCUUGAAGAAGACGUUUGUCCUGAUAGUUUUGGCAACACUACCUUGAACGAUGCCCUUUUCCACUAUGGUCCCGACCUGAAAGCUUUCGUCCUGUUAUAUGGUUGUCCUUUCAGUAUACCUUCAAAAUGGAAAAAUUUCUCCUUUAGCUGCAAUAACACUGGAGACUCCAGUCUUGGUUUCUAUCCAGAUGAGUCAUUUUCAUCAUUUUGGGGACCAAAGUACCCGAGUUGUGAGUUUAAGGUCGUGGUUCCUGUUGUGAUAAAGGAAUUUGAGCAGUUUGAGAACCAAGGAAGUACGAAAAUAUUGGAGCUUUUGAAGCAAGGGUUUGAUGUGGUUUACAACAAAAGCGUAGAAUGUAUGGCUUGUGAGAGGUCAAGGGGUUUAUGUUGGUUAGCUACAGAUACUAGGGAGCAAACGUGCCUUUGUCAGGACCGAACUUAUUCUUACUACUGCGGUUAUGUACCGGAUCAAGGCACUAAAAGAGAUAUCCGGGUGAAAGUUGCCGUAGGUGUAGGUGCAACCGCAUUCACUGCCAUUGUGGCAUGUGUAAUUUUCGUUCUCUAUCAUCGUCGACAAAAGAAAAGACAAGCUGGUUCGUCUUUGAUUUCCAGAAGCAUCCUUUCCUAUCCCUCCUCAACAACGGACCCUGGAAAGGCUUCGCACUAUUUUGGAGCUCACGUCUUCGACUAUAAUGAACUGGAAGAAGCCACAAACAGUUUUGAUUCCAACAAAGAGCUAGGAGAAGGUGGCUUUGGCACAGUAUACUUAGGUAAACUAAGAGAUGGACGUGAUGUUGCUGUAAAACGUUUAUAUGAGAACAACUACAAGAGGUUUGAGCAAUUCCGAAAUGAAAUUGAAAUCCUCACUCGCUUGCGCCAUCGGAAUCUAGUUACCCUUUACGGAUGCACAUCUCGCCAUUGCCGUGAGCUUCUUCUUGUGUAUGAAUAUAUUCCCAAUGGCACAGUUGCUGAUCAUCUUCAUGGAGAAUGCUCAAAGCCUGGAUCACUUUCAUGGAGUACACGAAUGAGCAUUGCCAUAGAAACAGCAAGCGCACUAGCCUUUCUCCACAAUUCAGAUGUCAUUCACCGAGAUGUAAAAACUAACAACAUCCUCCUGGACAGUACUUUCUGCGUCAAAGUAGCAGAUUUUGGCUUGUCUCGGCUUUUCCCAACUGAUGUUACACAUGUCUCAACAGCUCCACAGGGUACUCCUGGAUAUGUUGAUCCCCAGUAUCACGAAUGCUAUCAACUCACCAGUAAAAGUGAUGUUUAUAGUUUCGGGGUGGUACUAAUUGAGCUCAUAUCCUCCCUGCCAGCUGUUGAUAUCUGUAGGCAUCGACACGAAAUAAAUCUAUCAAAUAUGGCAAUUAACAAGAUUCAGAGCAACGCAUUACAUGAGCUGGUUGAUUCAAAUCUUUGCUUUAGCUCCAAUGACAAGGUAAAGUUGAUGAUCACUGCCGUGGCAGAGUUGGCUUUCCAAUGUCUUCAGAACGACAGGGAUUUGAGACCAUCCAUGCCAGAAGUUUUGGAGGCUCUACUUGGAAUUCAGAGUAUGGAUAAAACAGCAACAGAAAUAGGCAAGCCCAGUCCUGGUGAUGAUGCUGGGUUGUUGAAGAAUCACCCGUUAUCUCACUCACCCGAUUCAGUUAUAUCAAAAUGGACUAGCAGUAGCAGCUCAACAACAACUGCUUCCAGUACUGGCUAAGUUUAUGCCCUCAGCUUGUCUAGUUUGUGGUUUUCUUAAUAGUGAUCUUGAUCACCUGCUCUAUUGGUUGCCGAAACCUGAAUUUUCGUGUUUUUCCUUUUGAUUACUUUGGACCUUUUUGAUGUACAUAUCUCGUAUGCAGUACUUUAAAUUUAACAAAGCUAAUUCAAUUCAUUUCUUAAAUUCUUUAGUAAA